UCUGUAGGGGGUCUUGAAUAUUCUCAAAUUUAACUAGAAAACCUCCUCAGCAGUGUUAAGGUGCUGCCAUUGAUCCAUCCACAUAUCCCUGCUGUAACCAAUCAGCGAAUUAACUGUAUGAGAACACAGUCAUUUAAAUAAAUGUCAAAUUACAAAAUACGGGCUAAUAUACCUUGACGAAACUUCCCACAUUAGUGGCCAGUAAAUAAUAUAGUAAAUGUGCCUUAACGUGUUUUUACUGCAGUCAAAAGGCGAUUAAUAUUAUAUCCUAUCGUCUACCAAACAAAAACGUCAGGCAACCCUUUUUAAACAGGAUAAUAAUUCACAUAAAACUUAUGGUUUCAUUUGGUGUCAUAUUGUAGAGAAAUGAAAGUGAAAGUUGAUGACAGCUUUCCUGACAAGUCAAUUUUGACUUCACGUCGGUCUCUUACUAAGAUGUUCUUUUCUCGGAGCUCGGAAAAUGAGGACGAGAUGAGUUAUUCCUCGCAGACGACUCUAGCCAAUGGGAAACAUUAUGUGUGGCAGCUGUCAGACGGACAACAGUGGCUGCAAAUUGACAAUGACCAUGUGAUCGAGACCCACUACUGCCAACCUGGAGCUAAAGGAAUCACCAUCAACACUAGUCAUGGGUCAGUGUUUAUAGACUUUGAUAAACUGCAGACGCUGAACACAGCUUUAAAGGUUCAGAGACUAAGCUUCCUUCCUCCGGGCCAGACUGAGGACAUAGGCUGGUACUUCAGAGAUGACCAGCUGUGGCGGGAAUAUGGAUCCCAGGGCUUGAGCACUCAGGCCUCCUCAGUCAGCAGUAAAGAUGUGGAGCAUCAGUUCUCUCUAAACCCUCGGGGAACCUUCAGCUUCACAGUGGGCUCUACAAGCUACAGACUCGACUUCUCCACCAUGACCCAAACAAACUGCAUCACGGGCCUGCGCAGGAAUGUCCGCAGACGUCCAAAAUUCACUUCCAACGCAGGGAGCAUUUACUCCGCCUCAGUUCCUCCAGCGGCUUCCUCCUCACAACUCACUGAUGGAGGCUUCAAGUGGGAGUUCAUGGGAGAGGAGGGGGAAUGGACAGAAUACGAUGCAUAUAUAUGUGGCUUCGGCAGCACUGAUAUUGAAACACAAUACCAGCUGAACCCACAGGGCCAGCUACGCUUCAAGAUCAACAGAUUCUCCUAUACACUGGAUUUUACAAGAAUGUGUCAAGUCAACAACAAGAUCGGGACUACAAGAGCCGUGAGGAGGACUGCUGGCAAUGGGAGUGAACAGAACAGCAGAUUUCCACGCUGGCAGUUCAAAGAUAUCGGUGGAAAAUGGAAAGAUUAUUCUAAUGGAAAAUGCAGUAUUUCCAGUCAGGAUAUUGAGCUCCAGUACCAACAAAACCCAUCAGGCACUAUGAAGUUUACCACCAAGAACUUCAGCUAUGAGCUUAACUUCUCAGCCAUGACUCAGAUGAACCUGUCCACUGCGACCACCAGACCAGUUCGAAGACUUAACCAGUGACUCACUGAGACAACAACAGAUAAUGUUGGUUUUACCAAUCAAUCAGGAAAGCCUCUGACCUCACUGCCAGCCUCAGGUUGUAGUACUGUUUCUCAAAUGCAGCCUCCUCUCUGCUGUUUGGACAACCUUACUGUACAUGGCAGUUAUUUAAAGAUUUAAUAUACAAGGUGUGUAGGAAUAUUCUUUACAUUACGAAUGCAGCGCACCUUAUGCUCUUACAAAAGUAUCUGCAGGUUUGUUAUGAAUGCACUUUAACAUAGUAAUAAGUUAUAUUUUUAAAAUUUUCCUCAAUUUUUAAUGCUUAAUGCUGCGCUUCUUUUAACCUUCAACCAAAGGGAUGUUUACCCAUAUUUUAUGUCAAACUGCAAAUGAUCAGUUGAGUAAAUGUUAAAAUGUUCAUUCAAACUGCCUUUUCAUGAGUGCACUUUUCUUAAUCUUUGUUUUUAUUUUUCAACAUGAUACCUCUUUUGACCUAAAACCAAAGGGAAGUUCAGCUUUGAGAUUUCAUGUAUUCCUCUCUGUAUCACGCCAAUUCAGAAAAUCCUCAAAUAUCCAUUAAUGCUGCCAUGUAGUCACUCUUUCUUGUCUAAAUUAAAGCUACUUCUGUUCCAGUGUCUGAA